CUCGCGACUUUAUAGUUUUUAACGUUCUCGUCUCGAGACGAGUCGUGACCGUUGGACGGUCGUGUUUGGGUGAAACGCGUCCCCUCGUUCGCGGUUAUUUCAGUUUGAGGAAGCAGUUGGUUAGCCAUCUCAAUUAGCCAGUCUGCCAGAGAUGGGAACGAGAGCAAGUCGCUACCAGGAGGAGCCGGUCCCUUCUCCCUUUGGGAAAGACGGCACUAAGGGGGGCUCCUACCGGCGGCCCCGCUGCGCACGGCCCACCAGUCUCGUCGUUGACUUCUCGGUUAGCUUCGAGGACACGGAGGCCAACCAGAGUCGCUCGGAGGAGGGCAGCGACUCGGACUUGGGGCAGCACGGGGCCAGCGCGGACGGCAGCCCCGCCGACCACCACAGCAUCCCCCCGAGCAUCAGCCAAGCCGCGCGCGCUGACGACAACAGCAGCAGCGAGGGGAAGCCCGAGGAGGACGGCGGCGUCAGCCCGGGGAAUCCUGCCGACGCGGAAAACCAGCACGGGGACGACACAGGCCGCACACCUCACCGCACUUUUUCCGAACGCCUCCCCGGGAGUCGCCACCCAUCCUCCCGCAGCGUGAGCGCGAGGUCCGUCCGGGUUCGUGGCACACACCAACGGCCGGUGUCAGACGCCUGGAUCGGCCUGUACCGCGUUAACAACCGACAUGGAAAUAUACGCUGUCCUUUCUGCUCCAAGCCUUUCCCGGGGGGUCGGAUCGAGGAUCACCUGUUGAGCUGCCUGACAUCUCCCACCCUACCUUACAACACGGAUGUUCUCAGUAAAGACAGCGGAGAGUGCUCCAUUUGUUUGGAAGAUCUCGUCCAGGGGCAGACCAUUGCUAGGCUGGCUUGCCUCUGUGUGUACCAUAAGAGCUGCAUCGAUUCCUGGUCCAAGGUGAAGCCUUGCUGCCCCGAACACCCUUUUGAUUGAUUGUUGGGUUAAAUGUAUUCAGCACAGUGGCCAACUCGACUCAGGAGACUGCACUGAAUCCCAGUAAACCCCUAAAGUGUUGCAUUGAACAAACUCCAGUCCACUUCCAUACGGAGACGGCGCUCUGAAGAGGGGAACCUGCAGUUCCAUCUGGAAAUCUCAAUUCCGUGGACUCUUCCGUUUUCUCGGAUGGAUCAUUUGAACUUAAAUGCCAAACGGUCAAAGCAGCUGCUGUCUAAUGUGUGGCCAAGACUCCUGUUGGACCAGAAGCGGCGUCCUUCUCCUCUGUGGACUCGACUCCACGCAGCAUUUAAAUAAAUCCUGAGCUCACCUGAA